GAAUAAUUCAUUCGCUCUACCUUCCCCGCCGCACCUCCCACUCCUCUGUUUGUGGCCGUCCUUUCUCUCCGAAAAUCUCAGGUUACUUGGCUGCGGAGUUCUCCGACCUCCCCGUCCCUGCCCAGCCCUCCGCCUCCAAUCCGUACGAGACUCUCAGCCCCAGCAAUUGGAUUGGGCAGCCUGUCUUGACACAGCACUGUGCUGAGUGCUUGAGGACGUGUUUCAACAGAUGGUUGGGGUUAGUGUGUGUCAUCACAUUCGAGUGGGGAUUAAGAGAAGGAAGGCUGCCCUGCUGGAGCUGUGUGGUCUUCUUCAAGUGAGAGUCGCAGGCAAAUCCAAGUACUUGGCUUUGGGGAAGAGGAGGAGGAAUUCAUUUGCAGCCGCCGCAAGAAAAGCAGUAUUUUCAGGUACUGAGGGUCAGCUGCCAUCAGCCUGAGAAGGUGAAUUUGGCCAAUGACAUGAAGAUUCUUCAAGGCGGAAUCAUUGCAGAGAAGCUUCAAAGGACUCCAUCUGCAGAUGUUCUGAAAACCUCUGAGUCUAGAAAUUGAUUAUUCACCCAGGAUACCUACCUAAUUCAAGCUUCCAGAACGCAGCAGGACAAGGGGUUUUGAGGACUUUGCAACUUUGUAACUUUGGACCAAGCACAAUGAAGCAUCCCUGCUGGGCUCUGCUGCUGGCUGUGCUGGGUACAGAGCUGCUGGGAAGCCUGUGUUCCACUGUGCGGUCCCAGAGAUUCCGCGGAAGGAUACAGCAGGAACGGAAAAACAUCAGACCCAACAUUAUCCUUGUGCUCACUGACGACCAGGACGUGGAGCUGGGUUCUCUGCAAGUCAUGAACAAGACAAGAAAGAUCAUGGAACACGGUGGGGCCACCUUCACCAACGCCUUUGUGACCACGCCCAUGUGCUGUCCGUCACGCUCAUCCAUGCUCACUGGGAAGUACGUGCAUAACCACAAUGUCUACACCAACAAUGAGAACUGUUCUUCUCCCUCGUGGCAGGCCAUGCACGAGCCUCGGACCUUUGCUGUUUAUCUCAACAACACUGGCUACAGAACAGCCUUUUUUGGAAAAUACCUCAAUGAAUACAAUGGCAGCUACAUCCCUCCUGGAUGGCGAGAGUGGCUCGGAUUAAUCAAGAAUUCUCGUUUCUAUAAUUACACUGUUUGUCGCAAUGGCAUCAAGGAGAAGCAUGGAUUUGAUUAUGCAAAGGAUUACUUCACAGACUUAAUCACUAACGAGAGCAUUAAUUACUUCAAAAUGUCUAAGAGAAUGUAUCCCCAUAGGCCCAUUAUGAUGGUGAUCAGCCACGCAGCGCCACACGGCCCUGAAGACUCCGCCCCACAGUUUUCAAAACUGUACCCCAAUGCCUCCCAACACAUAACUCCAAGCUAUAACUAUGCACCGAACAUGGACAAACACUGGAUCAUGCAGUACACAGGACCCAUGCUGCCUAUCCACAUGGAGUUUACCAACGUGCUCCAGCGCAAACGACUCCAGACUCUGAUGUCAGUCGACGACUCUGUUGAGAGGCUGUACAGCAUGCUUGUGGAGACGGGGGAGCUGGACAACACUUAUAUCAUCUACACUGCGGACCACGGCUACCACAUCGGACAGUUUGGGCUGGUCAAGGGGAAAUCCAUGCCGUACGACUUUGACAUCCGUGUGCCUUUCUUCAUUCGCGGUCCCAGCAUAGAACCCGGGUCGAUAGUCCCACAGAUUGUUCUGAACAUUGACCUAGCUCCUACCAUUUUGGAUAUUGCUGGUCUUGAUGCUCCUCCUGAUGUGGAUGGCAAAUCUGUCCUCAAACUUCUAGACUUGGAAAGGCCAGGUAACAGGUUUCGGACAAACAAGAAGGCCAAAAUCUGGCGUGAUACAUUCCUAGUGGAAAGAGGGAAAUUUUUACGAAAGAAGGAGGAGCCCAGCAAGAAUAUCCAACAGUCAAACCACUUGCCCAAAUAUGAGAGGGUCAAGGAACUGUGCCAGCAGGCCAGAUACCAGACAGCCUGUGAGCAGCCCGGGCAGAACUGGCAGUGCAUCGAGGACACCUCCGGCAAGCUUCGAAUCCACAAGUGUAAAGGGCCCGGCGAGCUGCUCACCGUCCGUCAGAACAAGCGCAACCUCUACAAUCGCGGCUUGCAUGACAAAGAGUGCCAUUGUAGGGACUCCGGCUAUCGCUCCAGCAGAAACCAGAGGAAGAAUCAAAGGCAAUUCCUGAGGAAUCAGGGAACACCAAAGUAUAAGCCCAGAUUUGUGCACACCCGGCAGACUCGGUCCCUGAGCGUUGAAUUUGAAGGUGAAAUCUAUGACAUCAAUCUGGAAGAAGAAGAAUUGCAAGUGUUACCGCCGAGGAGCAUUGCUAAGCGCCAUGAUGAGGGCCACCAGGGCUUCGGAGGCCACCAGGCUGCUGCUGGUGACAUCAGGAAUGAGAUGCUGGCAGACAGCAACAAUGCUGUGGGGUUACCCGCCACUGUCCGGGUGACACACAAAUGUUUUAUUCUUCCAAAUGACACAAUCCAUUGUGAGAGGGAGCUGUACCAGUCGGCCAGAGCGUGGAAGGACCAUAAGGCCUACAUCGAUAAAGAGAUCGAAGUUCUACAAGAUAAAAUCAAGAAUUUAAGGGAAGUGAGGGGACACCUGAAGAAAAGGAAGCCUGAGGAGUGUAGCUGUGGUGAGCAGAGCUAUUACAACAAAGAGAAAAGUGUCAACCGACAAGAGAAGCUAAAGAGUCACCUUCACCCCUUCAAGGAGGCUGCUGCCCAGGAGGUGGGCAGCAAACUGCAGCUCUUCAAGGAGCAUCGUCGGAGGAAGAAGGAGAGGAAGGAGAAGAAACGCCAGAGAAAGGGAGAGGAGUGUAGCCUGCCCGGCCUCACCUGCUUCUCCCAUGACAACAACCACUGGCAGACGGCCCCGUUCUGGAACCUGGGAUCUUUCUGUGCAUGCACAAGUUCUAACAACAAUACCUACUGGUGUUUGCGUACAGUCAACGAGACGCACAAUUUUCUGUUUUGUGAGUUUGCUACUGGCUUUCUGGAAUAUUUUGACAUGAAUACGGAUCCUUAUCAGCUCACAAAUACAGUACACACGGUAGAACGGGGCAUCUUAAAUCAGCUGCAUAUACAGCUAAUGGAGCUCCGAAGCUGCCAAGGGUAUAAACAGUGCAACCCAAGACCCAGGAGCCUGGACAUUGAGGACAAUUAUGGGAUGGAUGGGAAGGUUAGUCACUCCAGUGUCGCUUCAGACACCAACUGGCAAGGCCUGGAGGAGUUAUCCGGUGCGAACGACAUCGAUGAGUACAGAUCUAACCCUAGACUGAGUCUGGAGGACUGGAGUAGUUACCUGAGUGCUGUCCACAGAGUCUUUGCACUGCUGAACAGUCACCGUGAUCCAAACAAAGCAAACAGGACUCCAACUGCACAAAGUGGUGGCUUCCCGGUCACCUCUGCUGCGCUCCUGGUGCCAGCAGAGAUGGCUUCUGCAGAGUCAGGUGAAGACCCAAGUCAUGUGGUUGGGGAAACACCUCCUUUGCCCUUGCCAGCCAAUCUCCAAACCCUGCAUCUGAACAGACCAACGUUAAGUCCAGAGAGAAAACUUGAAUGGAAUAACGACAUUCCAGAAGUGAAGCAUUUGAAUUCUGAACACUGGAGAAAAACUGAGAAGCAGCUAGGAUGGGAGGAGGGGCAUCAUCCUGAAGGUGACAUCAGUGGCAACAGUAUGACAGAGCUGCUGCUCCAGUCUCCUCUCGGCCAGCAGCCUACCAGUCAGCACCAACAAAAGCGUUCCCAGGGUGUGGAGGCAGAGGAGGAUGCUUUUGAAGAUCAGUUGCGUCCUCUCAUCCACUCUGACAGAACUCCGGUUCAUCCGGUGUUCAACGUGUCCCGAGUGGAGCAGCCUCUUCACUCCAGCUACAGGGAGAGAAUGUUGACGGAGAUGGAGGGGAGUGGUACAAAGGACUGGGUACCAAAUCUCGAAGGCAGUGCCUCCUCCUCUCGUCACCUCUGCUUAGAUUAAAUGUUGCCUAGCAUAAUAUUUCUUUCCACGUUUUCAUUAGUAAACUAGUGGUGGCAAUCGUGACUCCCAACCUUCUGAGCUCCCUGGGUGCACAUGCACAGUAGACAUUCAUGUGCACAUGUGUGGGUGAUGCUCGCACACAGACUAGUGUAAUUCAAGAUUUUAGCAAGAAGGGAGAAGUGGGGGCACAUUUUCUGUUUUCAUGCUUUGUUUUUGGUACUAAAACAGUGUUACCUUUUGAAUAUUGUAGAGACAUGAGUAUAUAAAGUCUAUCCAGUCAAAAUGGCUAGAAUUGUGCCUUUGUAAGUUUUAAAAGCUUGAUGCCCUUGGUGAAUCUGUCAACCUAUCUUCCCUGCCUGCAUAAUGAAGUUUGAAUUUGUUUCUAACCACUGGAAUUUUUCAACAUCAUCAUCUUUGGUUCAAUGAUUUUGCACUUUGAGUUUGGAAUACUGUGUCUGCUUGGUUCGUAGUGUUAUUAUGCUUCUUUUAAACAGGCUUAUCAGAGUCACACACUUUGUGACUAGGAAGGACAAAGGAAUAGACCCCCGGCAAGAACACACAGUAUGGAUCACAUAUUGUUUAACGUACGCUUUUCCCAGAAAACAUUGUGUGUAUUUUACCUCGACGUGCUAAACUUGAUUAGCAGAAAGGCAUGGCUCACAAUUUUGGUGGUAAAACAAUAAAUCCUGAGGGAAUAAGCAAUAAAUAAAACAAGAAUGACCUGUU